AACGAUAAUCGCCGAUAAUUACAUUUUACCGAUUAAUCGUUAUCACCGAUUAUUUAAAUACCGAUACCGAUGUAAGUUGUAUUUUACGCAUCCUUUAUUUUCUGGUCAGAUUUCGUAGACAUAUUUCGCCGCAUAUCUUACGCCAGAUUUUAAAUAAAAAAAAUUAGGCGCACACUCACUAUUUUAAUUUAGUAUUCAUUCCCGCCGCUAUUUAUUUUGUAAACACGCAACUAAGAACCAUAGAUACCUGCAUACAGAUAAAAGUUGUACUGCCAACUUUAGAAUAAGAAAGCAUUUAAGUGGUUACGAUUACAAUCAGGUUUAGCAGCGCUAGCGAUCAUAGUGAGAAAUAAUGAAAACGUCCGAAAGGAGAGAGCGGUUUUUUUAGCACCAAAUGUUUGCGAACUUCAGUGUUGGCUAACUUUCCUGUUAUUGGCGUCUUUGUUGACAUCAUAUAAUCUAUGGAAGUAUUCCGAAGGUGUUGUGUUUUUAAACAAAAUGUUUAUUAUUGCGAAAACGUAUUUCUGAAAACAAGACUGUUUUAAACAAUGGCGACGCGGGAAAAGAGAAGUGAAGUGUGGAAACAUUUUACUACAAGCCAAGAAGACGAUAGUAAAGCAAUAUGUUUAUAUUGUGGUGCUGUAAUAUCACGUGGUGGUUCUUGCCGAUCAAGCUACACAACCACCAACAUGUUGCAUCAUGUUAAGACACGGCAUCCUCAGCAAUUUGCAUUUGCAGAAAGUACAAGCCAGGCGUGUUCUACUGAGAGGGAACAUUCGGUUGCUGGCCCUUCUCAGAAGAAAGUUAAAGUAAGUCUACUUCAACCAACACUGCAAGACGUAGUCGAAAAGAAAUUACUGUACAAUUCCAAUGAUCCACGAGCUCAGGAAUUUACCACAUUGAUUGCUGAAAUGAUAUGUGUAGACAUGCAACCAUAUGACAUUGUGAAUAAUGAUGGUUUUGGGCGUCUCAUGUCUAAAGCAGUUCCGAGAUACAACAUUCCUUCAAGGAAACACAUGGCCGAUACAGUAAUUCCAAAAAUGUAUGAGAAAGUGAAAAAUAAAGUUAGAGAGAGACUUUCUAAUCUUGACAAUGUUGCUGUCACAACAGAUUUGUGGACAAGUGAGGCUUCGUCUCAGAUGAAUGAUUUCAUUAGUGUCACAGCCCAUGGAGCAGAGCUGUCUCAGAAGGUACAUUUCUGCCUUGAAGUUUUACCUUUUGAUGGUGAUUUGCACACUGCAGUAAACAUUGCAGACAAUCUCUUGCACAUAUUUGAAGACUGGGAGAUAGGCUAUAAAGUAUGUGCAGUUGUUACUGAUAAUGCAUCUAAUAUGAAAUGUGCCGUAAGAGAUCACCUCAAACUGCCUAAUAUUCCAUGCUUAGCUCACAGUGUUCAGCUUGUACUCAAAGAUGGGCUGCUGAAUCAACGUCCAGUUCGUGAACUGCUUGCGGCAUUCAGGAGCAUUGUAGGGCAUUUCAGUCAUUCAACAGCAGCCAAAAAAAUUCUUGUCGAUGCACAGAAAAAGGUAAACGAACCUCAGCACGUACUUAUUCAAGAUAUUGCGACACGAUGGGACUCUACUCUUCAUAUGUUACGACGUCUUGUAGAACAGCGUCUUUCCAUCACGGUUGCUCUCCAAAAUUGCUCGAAGUUUAGGUGUCAGAUUACAGCUGAAAAUUGGUUGCUUGCCGAGCAAUUAGUAGAUCUUCUUACAUACUUUGAAGAUGUGACCAAGACAGUCAGCAGUGAAAAAGCAUCUGUAGCAGAUGCUAUACCACUAGUCAACAGCCUAAAUCACAUGCUGGAAAUGAAGAUAAUGGAGGUUAAAGCCGUUAAAGAUGCCACUAAAUCUUUUGCAACCGAUUUGAAACAUUCACUCGGCUCACGUCUUGGUGAAUUGUAAAAGACUGAGAUUUUCCUAGUAGCUACGAUGCUUGAUCCUCGUUAUAAACACCAUCCAUUCCAAAAUCCUGACAGCAUUGAAACAGUUAAAAAUAGUUUGAAUGAUAGCAUGACACUGCAAAAAUGUGAUCAGACUUCUGAGUCAACUGGCACUUCUAGAUGUGCCAUUUCUUCACCUGGUCCUUCUGCUACACAGAAGGGAAUUUGGCAGAUGUUCCAGAAAAUGGUUGAUAAGUCUAUAGCUGCUACAACAGCUUCAACUAGGGGUAAUGUAAUUGAAGAACUGGACAGUUACAUGAAGCAGCCAACACUCGACCUAGGGACAGACCCGAUUGAAUUCUGGUUAAAAGAUGUAAAUUACCCACAUCUGAAGAAGGCAGCACUGAAAAAUCUUAUAAUACCCCUUGGAUCUGUGUGCUCAGAGAGAUUGUUUUCAUCAGCAGGAAACAUUCUCCAAGAGAAGCGCAACAGGAUGUUGCCUGAGAACUUAAGAAAGCUUGUUUUUUUAAAUUCAAAUUUGCCAGUGUUGAAUUAUGACUACUAAAUGUCAACUGCGUGUUUCACAUGAUAUAUUUACUUUUAAGAAUAAAAAUAAAUAAUAUAAGCCUG